UUUAUGGGCAGUCGGAGUUUCUGUAUCACCAUGUGUGCCGAUCCUGUGUGAGCAGGCCCACUGCUGGCGCACGGUCAGCGGGCAGGCACGGGAGGAGAGGAGGGGAGGAAAAGUGUGUUUACACAGACGGCAAACUGCCUGGGGAAUCGUAGGGGAGAGGAAGUGAGCCGGCUCUGUGUCUGCCUGCUCCAACUUCCUGCUCAGAAAGAGAAAAAGCCCAGGAUCCUAUUUCAGCGCAGCACAACUGUGAGGAGCAGAAGUAAAGCAUGGAAAAACAAGGAAUCACCCAGGGCUCACCGUAACGCUUCUCGGGGGGAAAACAAACCGUCAGAGAUCAGGUAUGGACAGUGCCAUCACCCUGUGGCAGUUCCUGCUGCAGCUGCUGCUUGACCAGAGCCACAAGCACCUGAUAUGUUGGACGUCCACGGAUGGCGAGUUCAAGCUCCUCAAGUCGGAGGAAGUGGCCAAGCUCUGGGGCCUGCGCAAGAACAAGACCAACAUGAACUACGACAAGCUGAGCAGAGCCCUGCGCUACUACUACGACAAGAACAUCAUUAAGAAGGUGAUUGGCCAGAAGUUUGUGUAUAAGUUUGUGUCCUUCCCUGAGAUCCUGAAGAUGGACCCGCAGGCGGUGGAGAUGGGCCUUGCGUCUGGAAGGUUUCCCCUCCAGGAAGGAGAGGCCCCUGAGCUGGAGGUAGAGGAGGAGGAGGAAGAGGAAGGGGAGGAGGAGGUGCAUAGGAGGACCCUGGCUGCCCUCGGGGUGCAGCAGUGUCGCAACGACUACCUCCACUCGGGUCUCUACUCCUCCUUCAGCAUCAGCUCGCUGCAGAACCAGAGCGAGUUGCUGCGCGCCUUGCGGGAGCGUCAGGACGAGUCGCGCUCAGUCAUUCGCUUUGGCACCAAUGAGAGGAGCUCCCCCCCCUACGCCAAGCCCGAGUCCUACAUCUCCCCCAGGCCAUCCAGGCUCCCCUCCCACUCCCACUCCCCGCCCUCCCCCCACGCCCAACCGGGCCGGAGCUGGAGCCCCGCUGUCAAAGAGUUAGAGGAGGAGGACUCUGACCAGAGCGCCCAGCCCCUCAACCUUUCCUCUGGGCACCGGGAGCGCGCCCUGCAGCCUCCUGAGAAGAGGAGCAGCAGCAGCAGUGGUAGAAGUAGUUCUGUUAGUCACAGAAACCAAGGAGACGGACUCCCACCAAAAUGCAAAAAGCCCAAAGCUCUGGAGAUCUCCGCCCCGUCCCUGCUGCUGGCCGGGAGUGACAUCGGCUCCAUUGCCCUCAACAGCCCAGCCCUCCCCUCCGGCUCCCUCACUCCUGCCUUCUUCACUGCACAGACUCCCUCCGGUUUGUUGCUGGCCCACAGUCCGCUGUUGUCGGGCAUCCACUUCUGGAGCAGCCUGAGCCCGGUCGCCCCGCUCAGCCCCGCCCGGCUGCAGGGCCACAGCUCACUGUUCCAGUUCCCCAGCCUAAUCAACGGACACAUGCCUGUCCCCCUGCCAAACCUGGAAGGAACACCCUCCUCCCUGCUCCUGUCCCCCACCAUCCACAAAUCCUGAUCCAGGGUCUGCGAAGAGAAAAAAACCUCCCAUCUUCAUCCAUCUCUGGUUGAAGGUUUUAUCCUCCUCCUCAUCAGUAGCAGCAGCGAUCUCUUCCCCCAUCUUGUCAGAUAUUUUGCUUCAGUAAAGUCCUGUGACAGCAUGUGACCUCACCUUUUUGUUUUGCACUUGAGUUGCUUCAGAUUACAGUGGUUGAAAGCACUUGGUAAAAAAAAGUAAAGCCAUACGCCGUGAUGUUUGUGAGGCGUCGGGCUCUUUGUGAUAAAGUACAGCACAUUUCCACUUGACCCUGUUCAACACAGACAGUAGUGACGUGCAGCUAGCUGAGGAAACGGCUAGUCGUCCACUCAUUCUGCGCAGAGAGCUCAGUUGUUUUUUAGUCUUGUAAGAAAAAAAGAAAAAAGAUUAAAAAAAUAUUUCUUUCCCCUUAAAUGUACAUCAGUGUGAAACAGGUCGUUUCACAUUGUGUGGUAUUGUAUGUAAUGUAUGCACUAUGCUUCUCCGAUAGUACCGGCUGUGCCUUGUUGUCCUAUUUUUCCUCUUUAUUUCAAACAAAUCUUUUAAUGAAGACAAGAUUUCAAAUCAAUGAAAAAGAGCCUUUGUAACGCUUGUAAUGUUCUUUUUUUAUAAUGGACUUGGUAUAUAGUAUGUAUUCUGUAUAUUUUUUGUAUUGUGAAGAACGUCAUGUCGUUUUUCAAUAAACCAAGCAUUGAAUGCUGAAA